AUGUCGACGCAGCCGCGAAGAUGCCGUUUGGAGAUCGCCGUCAAGCGGCUGCAUGGUCUUGUGAACAUGAGUUCCUCGGCAAGGGUCGUCUUUGCCGUGCGCUUCUCAAGCUUUCCAGAGAUUUUCAUCCGGCCACAAAUUGGUGGUGGGGGCGGCGUCGUUGAGCGGGCCCCCGCAGGCGAUCGUAUCCUCUCGCUGACGUACAACGUGUGCCACAAGGCCGAGUUUUACCUCAGUGACGAUGAGUACCGAAGAAUCUUCCCUGCGCAGUGCGUCUGCCGCGUGUACGACGAGGGACAACAGCAGGCGUCGUUGUCGUGGUUAUGCCCAUGCCCGCUGUCGACGGCGCCGGCGGCGGAGGCCCGGCAGCACAGCAACUACGCCAUGUGUGACGGCGCCGGGAAGACGAUGGGCUUUGCGGAGAUGUCCUGUCGCGUUGUUCCCGCUGAAGAAGCGAUGUUGCCGACUGCGGUGGUGCCGGGGGCCACCGCCACUUCAGUCGUCUCUCGCCAGCUGUCUUCACCCGUAGCAACUUCCAAGUUGACGGUCAAUGGCAAACCUUAUCUUAUUCGCGUGGUUCUGGACGGCGCGGGCGGGCACAAACGGAGCAAGCGCAGUCACAAGAUGAAGCAGGGGGGGCAUCGAGGUUCCUCGCCAGCCAAGCCGGCGACAUCGGGCGCUGGGGUCGUGGUCGAUGGCACAUUGCCGCAAAAAGAGGCGGAGAAGAGCUCACAGGGUCGCCCGUUGGAGGCUGCGGAUGCGCAUGGUCGGCGCAGAAGCACGUCUCCCGCAAAGAAGAAAACGCUUCUUCAUGUCUUGCAGUACGACGUGGCGUAUCAGAUUCAGUCCAAUUGUGGAACGCUCUACGCCACGUUGAAGCGGGAGUUUGCGCCGCUGGACGCAGUUGCCGUGAAUGAGAAGUCCAAACCCAUGACGGACAAGCUUGAUUGUGUGGUGCAGCGAAUCCUGAAGUCUGCAAAUAUUGUGAUCCAGCUGGCCAAUCAGAUUGCCGAGUCCUCUGGAACCGACUAUACAGACGCAUCCGUGGAGGGUAACGGACGUAGAAAUCCAGUAAACAAGUUGCCACUUCCACGCGAAGGAAGUGUGGCCCAUUUUCUCACGUACAACGUGCUUUUCCAGCUGCAGUGCCUAGGCACGAGCCUCUGUCACCUUACAUCGGCCUACCGUCAGCCACUGAAGGUGCGGCUUUCCACCCUGCACCGUCAGCAUCUCAAGUACAUCAAACACCUAUGCGUCGAGAUCCAAGAAUUGACAAAAUGCAUCAACAUUAUUGUGCAGUCAACAAUAGAUCGAAGCUUUGCUGGUGGGGAUGCUUUUUCAAAGCUCUCAGCUUCGGCCUACUCCUCGGACUUUACCAGCAGCGUGAGUAGCACCAGUAUUGCCCCCUCACGGUCCUCGUCCGGUGGACGAUCCUCAGUACAAAGAAGCUCGACGGUUGAAAGUGUUUCGUCGGCAUCCGUGUCAGGGACGAAGGUCUUGAAUAAACCCCUUCCUACGUUGACGAAUGCAACAUCGCGGCCAGCGGUUCAGUUGAAUGCCAACGAGCAGCCUUCAUCAGCGCCUCCCCCGCAGGGAUUUUCCGUCGCGACUCCCUUCCCCUUAUCAUCGGUUGAUAAUAAUAGACGUCCUGUACCAGCCACUCUUGACCCUAGAUACAGUUUUCCACCAACUACGGAGUUAAGAACGGGGCCGCUACCUUCGAAACCCCCCACGUUAACACCUUCAACGGAUGGAAUAGCUGCAAAUAGGCCCCCUGUCUCUGGCAUCACGACCAACGCCCUUUACCUGCCAACUGCUGCUCUCCCUACCUCAUCACGGCCGGCGUACUCAGAUACAGGCGCAUCGGGGGCGGUGACUGGUGUCCAACGACAGUCUUCCGUGCAGGGUGGGGGCGAUGUGCCGGUGCCUGUUCCCCAGUCGACUUCCUCGUCCGUGGGGGACGCAUCGGGGGCGGUGACUGGUGUCCAACGACAGUCUUCCGUGCAGGGUGGGGGCGGUGUGCCGGUGCCUGUUCCCCAGUCGACUUCCUCGUCCGUGGGGAACGCA